CGGUAUUGAGACAAACUCUUAACACAUGUAAACGUCAUUAUGUCUAAUCCAAUAAGCGGAGCUGCCGCCGCCGUGGUCCCGCCCAGAAAGCAUCUCGCCCUGAUGACUGACUGACAGCUGAGUGGCGGUGUGGUUCGGUUCGGAUCUCUGGGAGCAGAAAUAAAGCUAGGACAGACAUGGGUGACGUGGUGGAGGAAGCGAUGGACAGCUCUGCUGUGUCCGAGGAGGAAGUGGGUGAUCUGCAGAGAGGAGAGUCGAUUCCACGUAGAAGCUGCUCAAAGAUAUCAGAUGUGGGAGAAAUCAUUGAAGGAAAGCGGGCCAAGAAGACAGUGGAGAGGCUGGACUUUCAGGCUCCAAAAGUCAAGGAGAAGCUAAAAAUUGCAGUCGGCAGAGGUGAUAAACUGGGAGACAUUCCUCGGACCAACUACGAGAUCAACAAGAGGAAAGCAGACGAGCUGAAGCUGCUGCACUCCAUCCUGUUCGACAGACCCGGAAAGUCCGCCUCCGUCAAGAAGAACCUACGGCUGUUUAACGGCUUCCCAUUUGACGCAGACAGCUUGGAGUUCACCAAGAAACGAGAGAAGAUGCUCAGGAACUCCAACCUCAAUAACACCAAGCUGAAGCUCAUCUGCACCGUUCUGGAUCUGGAGAAGAAGGGAACCCACUUGGAUCUCAUCGACCGGAUCCUCAACUUUCUGAUCGCCCCAAAGAACAGCGGGAAGCGUGCUCCGGUGAAGAAGAAGAGGAGGUCCAAGAAGAAGCUGUCUGGGAAUGACUCCAAAGCCAAGAGCAAACCCAAAGCCAAGACCUCCUCAUCCAGCUCCAAAAAGUCCAAAGCAGGAAGUAAAUCCAAAGCUAUCGUGAUGGACUCCAGCAGUGAUGAGGAGGAUGAAGAGAAGAUGGGCACUUCAGUUGAGGCAGAGGGAUCUGAUGGAGAGGAGAAACCCUCAGAGCAGGACGGAGAACAGGAGGAGCAGUCUGACAAGUCAGAGGAGUCUGAAGAGGAGGAGCUGGAGGAGUCUGACGAGUCCUCCAAGCCAAAGUCCAGCAGGGGGAAGAAGAAGAAGAACGCAACAGAGAAGAGGCAGCGAACACCAGCGAAGAAGACGGGGCGUCCCAAGAAAAGAGCAAUAAACCAUAGGUCAGACGAGUCGGACGGAGACAGCGAUUCUGAGGAGAAGCCAAAGAAGAAGAGAGUAGCAGCAGCUAAAACCAAGAAGGCCGACAGCAGCAGUAGCAGCAACAAGAACACCACCAACGCAGCUGAGGACAGCUCUGACGACGAUGAGCCGCUCAUCAGGAUUAUAAAGAAAGCUCCAACAGAUGAUCAGCUAAAGAAGAUUGUGGAGAACCUCUUGAAGGAGGCAAACCUGGAGGAGAUGACCAUGAAGCAGAUCUGUCAGAAGGUGUUCGACACGUAUCCAGAACACGACCUGAGCGGCAGGAAGGACUUCAUCAAACAGACCGUCAAGACUUUCAUCACAUGAAGAUGCUGCAGGACUCCAUCACAUCUCCACCAUAUUUCUACAUGUUAUUUAGUUUUAUUUAGUGUUUUCUUCGUGAAGCUGUUUUAUCAGAUUCCAGAUGGUUGCUGCGCCCUGCAGGAUGGUUCCUCUCUGCAUCAGGUCAAACCUUCAUCAACAGUCCGUCAGGAAAAUGUCGGCCUAAUUCUCUUUUCUUAAUAAAUUUCUACAUUUUAUAACAAAA